UGUUAGUUUGAAUGACUCGGAAAAAAAACAAAACCACUCUGACAAUAGUCCGGCAGGCGAGACAGUCGCAGAUAACGACUCAGUUAUGGAGAGCUCCAUUGAGACUUCCCAGACUGAAGGCGCCUCAAAACCAAAGCCGGCUCUGGCUCCCAAACCUCGGCUCACUCCCAAGCCCUUCUCCCUGCAGAAGAACACCACUAUUCGCUCCAUCCAUGCUCCAAAGACGGUCACCACAACAGUUAAGUCAGCAACAAACCAGACUGGAAAAUCUGAAGCCACAGGUGUCCCAAAACCAACUUUGACCGCCCAUACACAGAAACCUCCUCAACAAACCACCACCUCUGAUUCCAAACCCAGCGCUGUAAGUGUGCACACCAAAGAUAAACCAGAAACUACCAAAGAAAGUAAAGCAAGUCCGCAUGAAGAAGAGACCCUUGAUUCAAGUGUAGCUCCAGGAAAAUCUGAUCCUGCCUCACAAACUGCUCCGCCCAAAUCCGAGCCAGUCCAGAAAGACGAUGUCAUCCAAACAAACCACAAAGCGUCCACAGAUUUUGUAACUAAGUCAAAACAGAAAGACGGAAAAAAGAAAGAAGAUGAAACCCAGACUUCAAUCAUACAAAAGCUUGAAGAAUCAGGGAGUGACAGUUCUUCUACAGCCAAUCCACCAUAUCGACGGGCCGGCAUCAGGAGGGGUCUGCCCACCGAGCUCACCUCAAAGUUUGAGUCGGGUGGUCUAUCCCUGCCUCCCCAGCCCACCAUAACAGCAUCUACAAGCAAAACCAAAGAUGAUUCAAACAAACCAGUGUCCUCCGAUCCAGAGCAGAGCCAGACAACAACACAGCCAUCCAACAGAGAGAAUGAUGAAGGACAACUGAAGGAGGAUUAUAGCGGAGGGGGAAGCAUAAAACGCAGAAUCAGUCUUCUGUUCGACUCCUCGUUGAGGCCAGAGGUCAUGACGAAGAAAGAGGAACCAGAGAUUAUAAAUAAUACAGGAGGUGUAAAGGAGCGAAUUAAACACUGGGCGACGGAAACAAGUUCUGAGGGUCCAAAGACUGAGAAGAAGCCUCAGGUUGUACCCCGACCUCGCACUAGGAGCUUUGAGCCUGCGACUGCUCCAGCAGCAGAGAAAAUACCCAAAACGCCACAUGUGGAACCUCCUGCGACCGGGACGUCGUCUACACAGGCUGUGGAUCCACGUUCAAAGGUCUCCCCAGCUGAAGUGCCCUCAGAGUCCCCAGUGGAAACAUCCAGAGAUAUUCCCACAGAAAAGGAGUCUUUGAAUAGCUCAACAGAGGGAGAGGACAAGCAAAACAAAUCAACAGAGGUUGAGGUCCCACCACGCAGUCGCAGCCCAUCUACAACCCAAACUGCCAGCGAUGAGGGAGACUCAGCUUCAAGUGAAAGAGCUCUAAAGAGAGACAAUGUGAAACGUCGCUCUGUUCGCUUUGGUAUCGUGGAGAGAGAUGAUGGUGGGCCUCCAGUGAUCCUGGGCUCAGCAUCCGAAUCCAGCUCAGAGGAAGAAGAAGAGGAAGAAGAGACACUUGAGGAUAAAGCUGAGAAGGACACCUCUGUUUCUUUGCCCGUCUACCAGCGAAUAGGAAUUCUUAAGCAGAAGGACAAUGAGAUCCAAAAGCAAGAAGAGGAACGGCUGAAACAUUUAGAAUUUGAACAAGUACGGAGAGCAGAGGAGAGCAAACAGGCAAGACUUAAGUUAGAAGAGGAGCAUAAGCGAGAAGAGGAAGAAAGGGAGAAAGAAAAGGCCAGGCAGAGGGAAGAGCUUAGGAUCAGGGAAGAGGAGAAACGGAGAGAGGAGGAAAGGGAAAGAGAGAGGUUGGAGGAGGAGGAAAUGGAGAGACAUCGGAAGGAAGAAUGGGAGAGAGAACGGUUAAAAGAAGAGGAAAGGGAAAGGGAAAGGCUCAGAGAAGAAGAAAUGGAAAGAGAAAGACAGAUGGAGGUGAUGUGGCAGAGACAGAGAGAGGAGGAAAGAGAGAGAGCGAAGCAGAAAGAGGAGAGACUAAAGCAAGAUCUGAAGGAGAGAGAAGAAAAGGAGAUAAAAGAGGAGAGACUGAGAGAGGAAAGAGAAAGACAGAGGCUGAGAGAGGAGGAGAGUUUGAUUAAUGAACAUGAGGAACACAGAUUUGAAGGGAAACUGAGAGAGGAGGAAAUGACUAAAGAGAAACAAAGAGAGGAGGAGUGGGAAAGAGAGUGGGUGAAACAGACAGACAGUUUGAGAGCAGAGGAAGAAAACGGGGAGAGAGAAAAGGAGUUGGAGUUGAUGUGGCAGAGACAGAAAGAGGAGGACGAAGAGAGGACAAGGCAGAAAGAGGAAAGACUCAAACAAGAGGAGAGGGAGAAAGAAAGAUUAAGAGAUGAGGCUGAGGAAAGAGAGAGGGAAAAGCAAAGGAGGCUGGAAGAGGAAGAGAAGAUGAGGGAAAGGCAGAGACAGGAGGAGAGGAUAAGAAGGGAGCUUGAAAUGCAAGAAAAAGAGGAAGAGAUGGAAAGACUAAGGCAAAUAGAAAAACAGAGAGAGGAGGAGAGGGAGAGGGCGAAGCAGAAGGAGGAGAGAAUAAAGCAAGAUCAGAAGGAGAGAGAAGAAGAGAGACUGAAGGAGGAGGAGAUGAAAGAGGAGAGACUGAGAGAGGAAAGAGAGAGACAGAGGCUGAGGGAGGAGGAGGAGAGAUUGAUUAGUGAACAUGAGGAAAGGAAGAGACAGAUAGAAAAAGAGAGAGUGGAGGAGCUGGAAAGAAAAAUGCAAGAAGAAUUGGAAAGAAAGCAAGCAAAAGAAAUGGAAGAUAAGCUAAGAAUGGAUGAAGAGAGAGAAAGGAAAGAACUUGAGUUGGCCAACAGGGAACGAGAGAGCACAGGGGACAAGGUUGAGUCAAAUUUGAUCAGCUUUGACUCUGAAGAUGCGCCACAGACACCACAUUCCCUCUCAGCAAAAACGUAUGAGCCCUCAGAGAGUCCAAUAGAAGUUGCUUACGAUGACUUCUCCGUCGGCAGAAAGUCUCUGAUCGACAUGGAUUUUGAUGAUUUUUCAGUCAAACCAAAGAGAUGGGGCUCAAAGGCUAAAGCAGAAACCAGUCCGCUCAUGCAGAGCUGGGCAACCAGUCCUGUGGAUAAAGAGGAGGCGGAGUUGCUGGUGCCCCUGAAUGUAUGGUCUCAGGAAAACAAAGUACCAGACCGCCCAGAGCCUACACCAGCCGCGGAGAGUCCAGAGGAGGAGGAGGAGGAGGAGGAGGAGGAGGAGAGGCCAGAGGAGGGACAGCUGAUCUCCACAGAGGUAGGGGAAGAGGAAGAGGAGAUGGAGAGGGAGGAAGAGGUGGACGAAGCAGAAUACGAGGACAAAGAGGAGACACAGGUUAAAAGUUACUUUUUAAACGGAGAAGACAAAGACACUGAUGCUUUGACAGACAGUGAGCCAGGCCAGCAGAAUGGGGGCCGUGAACAGACAUCUGACAGUGACAGCCCAAAGCACAUCCCUGACCAAGUUCCUGAAGUCUCGUCUCAAGAUGUUGAUAGCACUGAUUUUCAGAGUGAGCCAGUGUUGGCUUCUUUCCCUGAGAGCUCCACUCCUCUGCUUGACACCAGUGCACAGAGAUCCAAGGCAGAUGUUGGUAAGAGGCGAAUCCGAACUCGUCCGUCACGCUCGCUCCGUGCAGGGUCGACUCAGAGGGAAAGCCCGGACUGGAGGGCUUGUGACUCAGCAGAUGGAAAGAAAGCAUCUUCCACGCAAAGGGAGUCAGAUUCUGAUGAGGAACAGCCAAAAACAAAGAUAGUCUGCUCUCCUCCUCCCGCCUCACAAAGAGUCCCCUUGUUCCCUGGUCUGAACCCUGCAGCCUUGAUUGCUCAACUAAAACGGAGAACAGGUGGAGGAGGAGCUGAUGGAGGAGAGGAAACAGGAGAGGACAAGGGAAGGGAAGAGAAGGCAAGUCAACGUGAGGAAAAGGCACCGUCACCCUCACAACUUUCCCACUCUCCUCGCUCUGCCGCUCAUCUCGCGGGGGCUGCACGGGUGCUGCCACCCUUAGGCAGCACAGACAAAGGUGCCAACUCUUCUCCUGCUUGGCUGAAAGAACUGAAGUCUAAGAAGCGUCUGAGUCAGCAUGGCAGCGAGGCUUAACCAGACACAGGAGACACUGUGUCGUUGUUGUUGAACAACAAUCAAUCCAUCUCAGUUGCUGCUGCUGCUGACAGACACCUUGCCAUGAUUGAACCAUUUUGCACUUUGAGUGCCUUAUUUUGGACCUUUGCUGGUAUAUGCAGAAGUGGAACUCGCUGAGGCCAUCACGAACUUUUCAUCUUGUAAAUGAAAUAGUGCCAAGGCUAUGUGCCAAGACUGAUGUGUUAAUAAUGCCAAGUGCAUGUUUUAUCGACUGUUGUACAGAGGCUCAAUGGAGGGUGAAUACCCCAAUAUGAUUUAGAGCAAAGCCAUACACUGUGUUGUUGUUUCAGUGUAUAAGUCCAUCAUGUACUCAGAGGGAAUGAUGACACUAGGUCUUUAACAGGGUAUAUACCAUCACACACACACCUACACUGUAUAUACAGGAAAUACUGAAUAUAAAUAAUGGAUCGCACCUUGUGUGUAUUUAGUUGAAAUUUUAUAAAAUGUCUUUUACAUUAUUUUACCAAUCACAGAUCUCAAGUAAACCUACCUAGCACUUUAAAAAAAUAUAUAUAUAAAGAAUUACCUUCUAUACAGUGCAUCCAAGCAAUAGAAUAAUCACGUACAUAACUGUAGUAACGGGGUCAGGGGAAUUUGUUCAGUCAACAACAUGAAUGCCUCUCUUCUCUUUAAAAUAAGGUUCCACAAAAUGUAAAGAUGCAGUCCCUGGUUUUAUUAAAACACCCAGAAGCUGGUCAGACCGUCAACAGUCAGAUGGGAGGAACUCUUUGGCAUGCUAUAACAGAAUCAGGAAAGAAUGUUUUGUAAAAUCUUUAAUCCAGAAAAAAUGCAUUUGUCUGCUUGAGAUUCUUUUUCAGUGCCUUUUUAAUGUUUUUGAUUGACUGUCAUCAAUGCUGUAAUCAUUUAUGGUCAACAUACUGUAUGAUAAGAGGAAAUUGAGGGAAAUUUAUUAAAAAGUUUUCUAUGAAA